ACUGCCAUUGUUUCAUAGAAACUGCAGAAAAUCUAGGGUUUCGGUCGUUCAGCUCCACCAAGAACAGUCACUACUCCACUCCUUCAAACUCGAGUCUUCGAAUACGUCUUUGGUAUUAUGAAUCGCUUUCGUUUCUUUUUUAUCUAGGGUUUCUUUCUGCUACUAGGUAGUCGAACACUCCUCUCUCUGCGUUCCCUUGUCAUUCAUUAAUUUCCUAGGGUUUUGAAUUUGAAACUUUCAUCGAGUCCAGGGCCGGCCCUGGCCCAAGGCGACCAAGGCGGUGGCCUUGGGCCUCAGAUUUUAGAGGGCCUCAAAUUUAUGGCCCAUAGGGGAUGGAAAAAAACUAAAAAUAAAAAAUAAGUUAGGGCAAGUUUCAGACGACACAAUCUGCUUCGACACUGCGCAGGGCGCAGCCUCCGCUAUCGCCUCAGGUGACAAGGCCUCAUAUUUGAAAGUUCGCCUAGGGCCUUUCAAAAUAUUUGGAAUCUCAGGGCCGGCCCUGAUCGAGUCUCCAAAUUCUGACUCCUGGUUUGAGAAAUUCGAAUCUUAGCUCCAAGCAAUGAAUCCGUUGACACUUGUGAAACGAAUUCAGCAGAUCAAUUCAAAAGAAGCAGCGUUAGGUAUAUCAGAUGAUGCUUCAUGGCAUGCCAAGUACAAAGACUCCGCUUACGUAUUCGUUGGCGGCAUUCCGUUUGAUCUCACCGAAGGUGAUCUUCUAGCAAUUUUUUCUCAAUAUGGGGAGAUUGUUGAUGUUAAUCUUGUGAGAGAUAAAGGCACUGGUAAAUCAAAAGGUUUUGCCUUUGUUGCAUAUGAGGAUCAAAGAAGUACAAAUCUUGCUGUUGAUAAUCUGAAUGGAGCUCAAGUUGUUGGUCGAACCAUAAGGGUUGAUCAUGUUAAUAAAUACAAGAAGAAAGAAGAAGAAGAUGAAGAGGCGGAGCGGCAGAAGAGGGAGGCACGAGGUGUAUGCCGUGCUUUCCAAAGAGGUGACUGUAACCGUGGAGCAGGAUGCAAGUUUUCCCAUGAUGAACAGAGAGCUGCAAACACCGGGUGGGGUCAUGAGGAUACUAAAAGUGCAAGAUGGGCUAAUGACAAGUUCGAGGGUUCAAUGAAGAAUGAAAAACAAUCUGUCCCAUUGAAUCGUGUCCUAGAGUCUGCUGCUCAAGAAAGACUUGACAAAGGAGCAAGGAAUUCCAGGGUAAAGGGCAAUGAGGGGCCAAUAAAGAGCGACCAUAAGCGAAGUGAAUUAAAUUCACGAAAUCAGGACAGAGAACUUGAGAAACCAUCUGAGCGGAAGAAGGAAAUGAUUCACAAGGAAGACUGGGAUAAGCAAGCAACUGACAGACGGUCAAGAAAGCAUGAUUCUGAAUCAACUUUAAGAGAAGACGAUGACAAUAGGGAGGAAAAGAGGUCAAGAAGGCACGAAUCAGAAUCAUAUCGCAGAGAAGACCGCGGGAGAGGGGACAAAAGGUCAUCUCAUGACAGGGAUUCUUCUUCCCAUCAGUAUAAAGGGAGAGACGACGAUCACCGGCAUAGAUCACACAGAUAAAUAAUCUGUUAAUUUUGAGGGCAGAAACUUAUAUUUUGAAAGGCACAGACGUGCAAUACGAAUGGUGAGUGGUGUCUAGGUUACCUCUCUCCCCUGUAAUUUGUCUUAUUUUUUUGUUUUUUGGUCGGAUGACGCUGAAGAAUUUCUUUCUUCGUGAUUUAGAUGUUUGUCACCGAGUGCUUAUGUCCUGUUUACAUGGAAUGUAACAAGUGUUUGAGGUUGUGAAUCUCGUGAUUGUUGUCUCAACCAGAUAAAUUCUAAGAGCACCUGACAUUCAUUUGGUCGUAAAGCAUGAAUCAUUUAUGUGAGGAGCAGUUAAUUGGUUGCCUGAAUUGUGCUGA